GCCCUAACGCUUCGAGAUUUUCCAAUGUACGUGUCCAAAUUUGAGGCGAGCAUGGCUACGAAUUUUGUUAUUUAUCUGGCGCUUGGGGCACUCCUCUGCCUGGCCACUGCCAACGGGGAAAUAGUGAACACAAAUGUGGAGCGAACGCUGGACCUAACAUCGCAGCUGGUAAAGACGACCACCAAGAUCUCGGCGGAAGAUUCGGCCGGCAAGCCGAUUGUGGAAUACGUGUUUUUCACAUCGGAGCCCAGUUUGGCGUACAUUGACGUAAAAGAUGCUAGCGACAAGAGUGUGCCAUUCAAGCGGAAUGAGCCCGUGAAGGGGGAGCAGAGCUUCACGUUCACCUUCCCCAGGGCCGCCGCCAAGCAGACGUUCAUCGUCGAGACCGUGGCCUCUAAGGGCAUCCGCCCACAUCCGGAGGAGAUACGGCAGAACGACAAGCAGUUCGUGAAAUAUACGGGCAAUCUGCACCUCUAUUCCAAGUACAGGACCAACAGCCAGAAGACCAAUGUCAAGCUCAGCUCCUCGAACAUCUUGUCGCACACCCAGGUCAAACCCUUUUCGGUGUCCUCCAACAAGAUCACCCUGGGACCCUACGAAAACGUAGAGGCCUUCAGCCAGGAGCCACUAGUCAUCCACUAUGAGAACUCCGCACCAUUCGUCACCGUCAAUACGCUGGAACGCACGCUGGAGAUAUCGCAUUGGGGCAACAUUGCCGUCCAGGAGUCUAUUCAGAUGACGCACACCGGGGCCAAGCUGAAGGGCUCGUUCUCGCGCUACGAUUUCCAGAAGGAAGGACGCUCCGGACUGGCGGCCCUCAAGUCGUACAAGACCUACCUGCCAGCAUCCGCAUCUGGUGUCUAUUACCGCGACACCAAUGGCAACAUUUCCACCUCCAACAUGAACGCCGUGCGCGACUUCAUCGAGCUGGAGCUGCGUCCGCGCUUCCCGCUCUUCGGCGGCUGGAAAACGCAAUACACUCUGGGCUACAAUGUGCCCUCGUACGAGUACAUGUUCAACGAUGGCAACAAGUACCAGCUGAAGAUGCACCUCAUCGAUCACAUCUACGACAAUAUGGCCAUCGAUGAGGCCACCAUCAAGAUUAUUCUGCCUGAGGGAUCCAGUGACAUUAGGCUGUCCACGCCCUACUCCAUCAGCCGAUUGCCCAAUGAGCUGGUGCACACCUAUCUGGAUACCAUUGGUCGCCCGGUGGUCUCGUUCUCCAAAUCCAAUUUGGUCGAAAGCCACAUUUCGGACUUUACGCUCCACUACAGCUUCUCGAAGACUUCUAUGCUGCAGGAACCCCUGCUGGUCAGCGGCUUUAUUUAUAUCAUCUUCUUGUUCACCAUCGUCUUCUUGCGUUUGGACUUUUCGAUCACAUCCCAUGCGCAUAAGGAAUAAGUAAAUCUUUAGAUUUCCUCUAAAUUUAGUCACUCAUCAGAUUGUAAAAGAUCAAAAUGAAACAAAACUACUAUUUUGCAAAUAACAAACGAAAAUAAAUAAAAGCUUGCACUUGAUGGCGUGAAAUUUAAUCGUAAAAAGGUAAUGUUUCUUCUAGCUAAAAAUGAAAUAAAUUCCAAAACUAGAGCACUAUAUUUUUUAAAAUAACAAAGUGCACAUAUGCCCAAAUUCGGCGGCAGGAUAUUUUCUGUCAUCUCAAACGACGAAUUUCGCACAUGCGCGCGAAAAGUCGAAAAUUAUUUCCGAGUGGUUUGAACUUUUUCGACGAGUGUGCUGUGUACAUAUGCAUUAGUGGUUAUAAAAUUGUUAGAAAAAAUGGAUUAAUCAAUGUGAAAAAUUAGUAAUUUAAGUGAUAAACAAAACAAUACAAAUCAAAAAGGCCAUUAAGCUGUGAAUCGAAAACAAUUUGACAAUGUGCUUUUGUACUUUUUGUUAUGAAGGCAUGAGUGGAAAAUCGAUAAAGCAAUUUUCGGUCUGUAAACAGGCUUAACAGAAAUAAAGAUGAAGUGAAAAAUCAGUAAAAUGCAUUUAUAAAACUAAUUCCAUCGAACCUGCCAAAGUGAGUUCAAAGUGUAUGCUUUCAUAAAUAAUAAUAAUGCAUGUUUUUAAACACAUUAUAACAGUCUGAAUAUAAUUAUGUAUACCAAUCUCAGUACAUAUUUUUUUUGCUCAUACCGGAAAUUAUGUUUAAUAAUAUGAUAUACGAAAUAUAUAUGAUAUAUAUGCAUAUUUGGAAAUCUUAAGAGUAGACAUAUUUAAUGUUCGAAAUAGAACUUCCAGUUUUGAUGGCAGCACAAGUAUUUCAGAUUACUCAUGUGCGCCCUUGGCCCUUUUUUUUAAAUGUUUGUAUCCCAAAUAGAGAUUUGGCGGAU